AUGGAGAUUGAAUUAACCAAUUAGACUCAAUCUUCCAAUUGCAGUCGAGAAUUAGAUAAAUCAGAAUUUGGCGAUGCUUUUAAUAUUUUCUAAAUUCCUCCCAACUUCGAAUUAGCUAUUGCACAUAGAGUAUACUAAAUGGAUGAUUAUCUAGAAAUCCACCUAUGUACAAGAAUUAAAUAGCAAUGGCGAAAUAUGCACUUGCUGUGGAGGAACAAUAGCAGCCUCAACUUUACCAAUUUCAAUUGAUUUAAAAGCAAUAUCAUAUCCCGGAGAUGGAGCCUCCACCUAUUUCGUAUUACUAAAGAUCUUUAUCAUUUUGUUUUCGAUUGAUUUGUAAUCCCUAUAAAGUAAUAAUAGUUUUAUUUUUGGCUUAUAUUCAAUCAUUACAAAUACAAUUGGCUUUUAAUGCAAUAUGAGUAGGAUUUGUGCAAAGAACUUUAUCACCUUUACUUCAACAUUAAAUAGGAAUACAUCAAUGUAUCUAAUUCAUCAAUCCUUAGAACCACUGACAUCUACUAUUCACUAUUGUAAGUCCUGAGUUAAGCUGCAAUGUUAGGAUAUAUCAUUUGGUAUGCAUACACAGAUGCUUACUUUAAAGAGAUGCUCGCACUAAAUGAUGAACUUAUUAUCGCAGCAUUAACGUAACUUUAAGAAGUCGAGGAAUCUGUCAUAACACUUAAUAAAUCUGAACUCUUAGAUAAAUUUCAAGUUUAAAGUCUAGAUUCUUUGUGUUUUGUCUAUAAGAUGGAUCACUUUAAAAAGGAGAUCCAAAAGUAGAUCAUAAAGAAAGUUCAAAACGAUGGACUGUAAGAUUGAAUACUAUUAUUAUUAGAAACUUGAUUGAAGCUAUUUCUCAGACUUGUAAUUUGUCACAUAUAUUGAGAGAUUUUUUAAAUCAAUAAACAUAUUUCCAAUCUGCUGCUGCACUCUUUAUUACAAAACCCGUUAUUCAGAAAAACUAAAUAGAAAGAUCAUACUUUGUUGGAGGCUAUAAUGUAAGACCAAGCGAUGUAAACUGGUUAGUUAAUUAAUCAGGUUCAAAAUCUAAAACUUGCAGUUGGAUUCUCAUAAUCUUUGGAUAUGUGAUUCAAGUUUUGGUUGGCAAUUUCAUUCUUACUCAAUUAACACUACUAAGUGAAGAUUCUAAUGAAAAUGGGAAUUCAGUCUUAGGAAAAGGAUAAGAAAUAUUACAGUCAUUAUUCAUAACAUUAGCAAUCAUCUUCAUCAAUGAAUUCAUGAUUAUGUCAAUUAAACCAUUAAUCGGUCUAUUGAACCUGCCAUCCUAACACAAAACCUAGAUCUUUGUUAUGCUCAUGCUCUCUACCUUCUAUUUUAUUCUGUAAAUGUCCAUCGUUAUUGAUUUAAAUCUACAAUAAAAAGAAGGUAAUAUGCAAAACGAAAUGUGGAGGCAAGGUGGAGCUCUGGAAACAUACUUUUCAAUUACUAUAGGCAAUGGGUUUUCUACUUUAUCAGAAACCUACUUCGAUGCUGCCUAUUUCCUAAACAUACUCUUAAGAAAAUGGCAUCAAUAUCGAAUGAACAAAUGUAAACUCAUUUAGUAUGAAUUGAAUUAACUUUAUGAAAAAGAAAGUGUAACUUGGACUGAUAAAAUUGCUUUUAUGAACUUUUUGAUCUUUGCAAGUAUCCUCUUUAGCUAGUUCCUCCCCAUCUGUCUACCAGCAUGCAUUAUUGUCCUGAUUUUAACCUACUACUUAUAAAAGUAUUUGUAUUUGAAUCGCUACUCAAAAUCAAAUGACAAUAAAUAUAAUCCUCAUAUCAUAGUGUAACUACCCUUCUAUAUGAUCUUGUUAAAUCAAUUUGCCAUAAUCUAAAGCAUGCUUCAAUAUGUCCUAAUGGGAGAAAGGCCAGUAGAUUUACUAGAAAAUACUUAGUCAAAUGAUAUAUCCAUGAGUAAUACUGAUAUCAUCUGGUUAUCAAUUUAAAUUAUCAUUUUUUUUACUCUUUAUUUCAUCCAGAAAUUGUUUUUUAAAAAACACAAGGCUUUAUCACAACAUUAAAGUAUUCUACUAAGCGAAUCUGAUUUAGAUUAAUUCAAAACACUUGAUUUAAAGCAACAUGUACCAAAAUUGUAAUUUUUAGGGUUUUGUUGCAAAUAAUCCAUUGAUGAAUGUUGGUCAAAUUGAAAACUUUAUUGGGAGGAAAUAUGAAGAGCUUACUAAUGAUGAACUCAAUCAUUAUUUAUAAACCAUGAAACUUUCCCCACAGGAUUAGUUUUUGUAAUCAUUAUCUGUAGAACUAUAUAAGAAAUUAAAAAAAAAGUAAAUUCUAUUUUUAUUUAAGAAUUAACAAAAAUAAUAAAAUAUAGGCUUCCGCCGUUACGGAUUGA